GGCCGCCCCUGCGAGCAACAUGGACCAAAGCGUCGUGGAUCACCCGGUGACCCUCAUCAUCAAGGCCCCCAACCAGAAAUACACCGACCAGACUGUUAACUGCUUUCUGGAGUGGACUGUGGGCAAGCUCAAAUCUCACCUCUCUGACGUCUACCCCAGCAAGCCGUCUACAAAGGAUCAGAGACUGGUGUAUUCUGGCAGACUGCUUCCUGAUCACCUGCAGCUGAAAGAUGUUCUCAGAAAACAAGAUGAAUAUCAUAUGGUUCAUCUGGUAUGUACUUCCCGGACACCCCCAAGUUCUCCAAAACCCAGCACCAGUAGAGAGCGUCACGGAGCUUCAACCUCCAGCAGUAGCUCAAAUUUGGACCGUUCUGGAUCAACUGCUGCCUCACCCACAAACCAAGAAGCUUCGUCUACAUCUUUGAACACUAGUGCAGAUGGAGUGAGGCAUCGUAACCUUCCACAAGCACAAAGCAAUCCCAUACCGAGCCACCAGUUCCCUUAUUUAAUGCAAGG